AUGGGUUGCAUGCUGUACGAAGAUGCCAUGGACGAGCUCUCGUCCAACCCCACGGUUGACAUGUCCAGCGGGGCAACAAGAAACCAGAACCAUUGGUUCUACCAGGAGGAACCUGUGAUGAACCACUACCUCAAGAAGAUGUAUGAGCAGCUGAGCGCUCCUCUACCCCAGCGCCACCUACCAUCACUCUACCCUCCCGGACAUAGGCACCUCAUCCAGAAGGACUGGAAGUCCAACCUCAUCAUCAACAUCAUAUGCAACAGCAUCCCCUGCCUGAAGCGAAACCGCGUCGCCUUGCUGCCGGAGAAGAGCUUCGUCCAUCCCUACGCAUCCGUGCUGGUCAACAUACUGCACUGGCGGCUCCUCGGCCUCUACCCCAACACGGCCAAGAGGCCCUCCUUCAAGCAGAGGGUGAGGUGCGCGAGUGAGCUGAGGCAGGUGAUGACCAGCCCGCUCUCCAGCCGGGCCAGGUUCCUCUACUCCAACCUGAAUCUCCUUAAGCUUGCCAUGAUGGAUUAUGUAUGGUAUGCAUGCAAUCACUUCCUUGUCACCGAGAGCGAUGUCAUCUACAAUGUCCAGGGGAUGCAGACAUUCUUUGACAUAUGCCCCAACGUGGCGGACGCCUUCAGGCAGGAGACAUUACAAAAAGAGGGAUGGACAUGGGAGAGGCUGGAUGAGGUCGCGUCGAUGCGCGUGGAUCGGUGUGUGAGGACCUGCAAGUUCAGGUCGGGCAGGAACGCGCCCUCCAAGGACAACGUGAUCGUGAAGUGGAAGAGGAUCAACGAGGAUAUGGACCACCGAGAUGCAAGGUCUACCCCCUGCCCUGCAACCUCACGGCGAUGCAGUGCUCGGUGCUGCUAA